AUGCCUCACGACCUCGUAAUUAAUACGUCACAGAACGCAUAUCGGCUGAUCGGCAAGACCCAGUUGCCGACUAGUGGUACUUUUGAGCGUGAGCUGGCCUAUGCAGCGUAUACUGGGCUCAGUAGUGUGCUUUUGCCGGAAAUUUCCGAGAGCGAUGUUGAGGAUUAUGCACGGAUGCUGCUGGCACAGCUAGGAAGCCACAGCAAUGUGCUGGUGCGUGUUCGGGCGGAGGCUGAUGGCGCGUGGACGCUAUGGAAUCGGGUGAGGAUGCUCUGCAAUCACGAUCCGCGGCUGCAGGUUGCGCUGGAGCUUUCUUCUGGGCCACUCGAUAUGAGGCAGUGGAUCGCGGAGCCAGUGCAGUUGGUGAUGCUGCCAACGUGCAUGUUUAUUGGCAACAAGACUGGGUACCCGGUGCUCCGCAAAGAGCACCAGGACGCGGUGAAGCGGUGGAUGCAGCUCAAUGUGGCCUUUGUAGUAUCACAUGUGGGAUCGGCAGAGAUCAGCCGGGAGGUUUUCUACCGCUCAACCAGCGACUUUGCGACGUAUGUGCGGCAUCUAUGGGGCACCUUGGAGACACAGGACGAGUAUGCAAUGGCAUCUGAUGCCUAUCACGACGUGCUGCAGGCGCCAUUGCAGCCGCUCAUGGACCACUUGGAGUCUGUCACGUACGAGGUGUUUGAGCAAGACACGCCAAAGUAUGCGCAGUACGAGGAGGCUGUAUACCAGGCACUGGUCGACAGACAGCAGUGGGGCCGUGAGAUCGUGGUUGCGGUGGUGGGCGCAGGCCGCGGACCCCUGGUGACCCGUGCAUUGGCUGCUGCCAAGCGCAGCUCGGUCGCUGUAAAGGUGUUUGCGGUGGAAAAGAACCCAAGCGCACUCACGGAGCUACAGCGCAAGAAUGCAAAGGUGUGGGGAAACGCGGUUACUGUGGUAUUCGGCGAUAUGCGGACACAGGCAACAGGUGUGGCGGCGGAUAUCCUUGUCAGCGAGCUCCUGGGAUCGUUUGGCGACAACGAGCUGUCGCCUGAAUGCCUGGACGGUGCGCAGCGGCUGCUGGCAGAGGAUGGCAUUUCGAUCCCCGCCCAGUACACAGCGUUUGUCGCCCCUCUGUCGUCAUGCACACUAUACAACAAGGCGAAGGCGUAUGAGGACACGCAGAUGGAGACGCCAUUUGUUGUAAACUUCAACGCCGCCAGUGUCUUGGCAGCGCCCAAAAUGGCAUGGUCCUUUGGGCAUCCGGUGGGCGAGAUCAGCGCGUCUAACAAGCACAAUGACCGGAAAUGCCAAGCCAAGUUCUGCAUAUCACAGGACUCGGUGAUACACGGGCUGGCAGGGUACUUUGAGGCGACACUGUACGGAAAUGUGUCGCUGAGCAUUCGUCCAGCUACACACACGCCCGGGAUGCACUCGUGGUUCCCUAUGUACUUCCCCAUCAAGAAGCCGGUGCAGAUCAGAGCUGGCGAAUGCGUGUCGGUCAGCAUGUGGAGACGGUCGGGAAACUCCAGAGUGUGGUACGAGUGGGCGGUGGUGGCUGAUGGCAUGUCGUCUGGAAUCCACAACAUCAAUGGACAUGAAUAUUGGAUUGGCCAGUAA